AUCCAGCUCUCCCGUGCCUAAAAAUACGCAUGCCAUCGCACCUCCCGAUCCCGUUUUUUGUCGCGAACUUCUUUCUGCGCCCAGGUGCCGCUCGCGCCGCACUUCUCCUUCACCGGCCGGGAUCUCGGCCAGAUGAGCCCCGCGAGCGCCGCGAAGGUCCGCUGCACCUGCAGGCUUCUUAAUCCUGUCAGCGUCGGCGCUGACCCUGUCGGCUCCGGGGAGUAGCGCGACAUCGUCGGGGAGAUGGCGGCCUACCGGAAGGGCGAGGUGGCGUACGCCAUGACGCUUGCGUGGACGGCCGUCUCGUGAGCUCGUGGCAGCUCUACACGAUGGGCUUCAUGGGGCUGGUCCUGGCACCAACGGGAUCAGGCAGCAGGGGCAUCGCCGCCUCCCCUUUUGGGCUUCCGCCCUCCGCACGGACCGCGACCUCACCCCGGGCGGCGCCGUGCGCAGGAACGCCAGCAGCAGGCACGCGGCGGCCGCAAGGCUCCCGGAGAAGGCCGCAGGCCCCUCCUGGCUCCUGCUCGAGGAGGAGGACAUGUCCGUGGUGGUGGCGGCGGCCUCUACAGAAAGCGCUUCCCUUUCUCCGACGCUGCCAAUCUCUACUUCCGGAGCUCUACGUCGUGCACUUCCGUGGCCGACUUUCUCGUCUCCUACGUCGCCUCCGCCGGCCGCGCGUGGGCGCUGCACUGGGGACACCACCUCGCCACAUCCUUCCGGGACCUCGACGCUGAGCUCGCCGCCAUGGUUGCCUGCGCAAGGGACAUAUAGUGCCGGCCACAUUUUUUUAUUGUUGGGGAAAUAAAAUGAGAAAUUGUUGGAAAUAGAUAUUUUUUUCUCUCCCCAUAUUUAUUUGCGGAGUUGGCAAAUAUUAAAUUUUAGAGAGAAAAUAUAAGGAACUCUUGUAGAUGCUGGUAGUAGUUAUUAUCAUCAAUAGCUUUAUAGACAAAUAGUCAAUUCCAGUCACUCUUGAUCUGUACACAAAACCCAUAUAUUAAUAGUUUUUGUGGAUGUGGUAUCUUCGAUGACAAUGCAAUGCAACUUUUAGUCCCAUUCAUGUGCUUCCACAGAUUAGACUAUUUUCGUCCCUUCCUAGCAGCUAGCUAGUCUGCUGAAUUUCUGACGGCCGGCGUGCCUAACUCUAUAUGUAUAGUAUUAUUAUAUAUAGGUGUGCUAUGAUAUGAUUCUUUCACAGACUGUAGAGGAGCAUUGUAACAGUAAAGCUCCAGGCUGGUUUGAUCAAUAAUAAUUAAGAGUAGUGAAUAAUCAAUAUAUGAUGCAACCGCCGCAGGUGGAGGCGGCGGAGGGACUGUCGGCGUCGUCACCGGCGCCGGCGGCGAAGCCAGGAGGGCUCCUCCGCUGCAACUCCCCACUGGCGCAGGUGUGCCUAAUAGGCCUGGUAUGCUUCUGCUUGCCCGGCAUGUACAGCGCGCUCAACGGCCUUGGCGGCGGCGGGCAGGCGGACCACACCGUCGCCGAUAACGCCAACACCGCCCUCUACGCCUGCUUCGCCGUCUUCGGCGUCCUCGGCGGCGCGAUCCACAACCUCCUGGGCCCGCGCACGACGCUCUUCCUGGGCUCCCUCACCUACCCGCUCUACGUGGCAUCCUUCCUCUACUACAACCACCGGCCCGGGUCCCAGGUGUUCCCCGUCAUCGCCGGGGCGCUCCUCGGCGCCGGCGCCGGGUUCCUCUGGGCGGCGCAGGGCGCCAUCAUGACCUCCUACCCGCCGCCCAACCGCCGGGGCACCUACAUCUCCCUCUUCUGGUGCCUCUUCAGCCUCGGCAGCGCCCUCGGCGGGCUCCUCCCCCUGUCGCUCAACUACCGCCGCGGGAGCAAGCAGGUCGCCGCCGCCGCCAGCGUCAACGACGGCACCUACAUCGCCUUCAUGGCCGUGAUGUUCGUCGGCGUGGCGCUCACCCUCCUCUUCCUGCCGCCGCACAAGAUCGUCCGCGACGACGGCAGCAGGCCGGCUACCGGGGACGCCACCCACUCCUCCUCCGCGGCCACCGAGGCCGGCGAGGUCCUCCGGCUCUUCGCCGACUGGAAGAUGCUGCUGGUGGUCGUCCCGGCAUGGGGCAACAAUUUCGUCUACACCUACCAGUUCAACAACGUGAACGGCCUCCUCUUCACGCUCCGUACCAGGGGCCUCAACAACGUCGUCUACUGGGCAGCGCAGAUGCUGGGCUCCCUCGGCCUCGGAUGCCUCCUCGACUUCGGCUUCGCCAGCCGCAGGAAGAGGGGGCUCGUCGGCGUCGCCGUCUUCGCCGCGCUCGGCACCGCCGUCUGGGGAGGGGGAUUCGCCAACCAGCUCAGGUACACGGACGGCGAGUGGCCCGACCUCAUCGAUUUCAAGGACGGCCGCCGCUACGCCGGGCCGUUCCUGCUCUACUGCAGCUACGGCCUGCUGGAUGCCAUGUUCCAGAGCCUCGUCUACUGGAUCAUCGGCGCACUCACAAACGACUCACGGGUCCUCAGCAGGUAUUCCGGGUUCUACAAGGGCGUGCAGAGUGCUGGAGCGGCUGUGUCAUGGCAAGUCGACGUCCACAAGACGCCCCUGAUGACGCAGCUGAUUCUGAACUGGGGGCUCAUCACUGUCAGCUACCCCUUGCUUGCCCUGCUGGUGCUCUUGGCUGUCAAGGACGAGGACGGUUCGGCAUCAUCCUCGAUCGAGGACUGCAAGGAUAACGAACCGCCAACCACCUUCCACUGAUCCUGGAUCAAAAACCUAUGUUCCACUAAGGAGCUUCUCCAUAAAGGAUGGGGUCUUCACGUACCCCGCACACAGUCGUCAACGCCGCUUCACACCAAGCCAGAGGGCCGAAGAAGUGCCGGAGAGCCACGAAGACUCCAAGGAUAGCCGGCGCACCAAGAUAAAAGUGUUGUUCACUCUAGAACCAGUGCAUGAGGCAGCAAUACCUUGCUCUCUCACUCACUUAAUAAGAGUUAACCUAUCACUAACACUCUUAAAGGUGUGCUAAGGACUAAAGAUGCGAUCACUAAUCACAUGGAUGGCUUGGAGGUGUUCUUCAAUGUGUAUGAGACUUCUCUCGACUCUAGCAACUCCAAAAUGGCCGGGGAAGGCAUAUAAAUAGGCCACCACUCGAAGUAGCCAUACUACAAGACAUGAUACCUUCUAUAA